GCUGUUGCUGCAGAAAUGGGGGAGUAUGGGGUUGCACCUGGGCAGCGUGUGGCCAUCAUCUGGGACAGUUCCUCGCCGGCUGCAGCACUGAAGGAUUUGGUGGAUAAAAUUCAGGCACUGGUGGGAGCUGAUAAUCGUGUCUCUGUGGAAAACAUUAACCAACUGUCUCAAUCGGCACACAGGGAGUCCAGUUUUGAUGUAAUUCUAUCUGGCAUGGUACCAGGCAGUACUGUGCAGCACACCACAGAGGUGUUGGCAGAAAUAGCUCGGAUACUUAAGCCUGGGGGACGUGUACUUCUGAAAGAACCGGUGGUUACAGAAUCAGGAAACAACAACAGAAUCAAGACGACAGCCAAACUCUUUGCAGCUCUGACUCUCUCUGGGAUAGUGGAAGUGAAGGAGCUGCAAAAGGAACCUUUGACCCCAGAGGAGGCCCAGUCGGUCCAAGGACAUUUGGAUUACCAAGGCAAUGACCUUCUCAUUGUUCGGAUAGAAGGCAGGAAACCCAACUUCGAAGUGGGAUCCUCAAGUCAGCUCAAACUAUCCUUUGCCAAGAAACCUGGUCCUUCAGGAAAACCCUCUGUGGAUCCAGCCACUGCUAAGCUGUGGACACUCUCUGCCAAUGAUAUGAAUGAUGAAGAGAUGGAUCUUCUGGACUCUGAUGAACUGUUAGAUUCAGAGGAUUUGAAAAAGCCGGAUCCAGCUUCCCUCAGAGCUCCAUCCUGCAAAGAAAUGGGCAAAAAGAAAGCCUGCAAGAACUGCACAUGUGGCCUGGCUGAAGAGCUAGAACAGGAGAAGAAGAGCUCACAGCCCAAAUCUGCCUGUGGAAAUUGCUACCUGGGGGAUGCAUUCCGCUGUGCCAGCUGCCCUUACCUGGGCAUGCCUGCGUUCAAGCCUGGAGAGAAGAUUCUGCUGAAAGAGAACCACCUGCAUGAUGCCUAACACAGACAUCUCUGGAUGUCCUGAAAAGGACUCCUCUGCUUUUCCGUCUGUCUGAGAUGCAGUCUGAGACUUCUUGCAGUCCUCAUCCUCUCAAAUUCAUGCUCUCCAGCUGAUACUCCUUGUGGGAAGGGACACUGUGGGCACUGACAUUGCUGUGAGCUCAUCACAUGCAAUCAACCUUGGGCUGUGUGAUAAUCUUUGGUAGCGAGUGGUCUUAUAUGUGUUAGACUUGUUAAUGGUACACCUUGUUUUAGCUGCCUUGACUCGAUACUGAGACGCUGGCCGUCAUAGCAUGUCCCACCAGCAGAGGGAACUGGAAUCAAGUGUCAGGUUGACCUUGUGUGCAGUGGCAGGAGCCUCACCAGUACUUCCCCUAGGCCACAUUGUACUCCUUCUUGGCCUUAUUUUACCUAGUGAAUCAGCAGCUCUUGCUCAGCUCUCAGGGUGACACUUGGGCUCCUGACUUGAAAUUUGAACCUGUGGUUCUUUACCAGGUGAAGGUGACUCAGCAGCUGCCGUUGCAAGUCAGGAGCAGUGAAUACACUUUGCAGUGUACUGUUCCUUGGUAAAGUCUGGCAGGCAUGAUGAAUUUUCAAGUCUUUUGGGAUGACAUCCCCCUCCAUUAUGUUUUCAUCAAAAUGACAAAGACAUUCCCAUUGAGAAAACUCUUGCUCUUAAGGCAAGGAGCAAAUUAAAUGAGAUCUGUCUUGUCCUCACACACCUUUGACCAACAUGAACACAAGGGCGAUCUGACCAAGACUGUCACCUCUCUUGGUGGUUAUCUAGUGACUCACCUGCAGUGUCCAAUAAAUAAGAAAAUAGCAAUAACUUAAUUUCUGGAUGAUAUUGACUAUUCUUUAUUUAUUUGCAUAAUUACUGCUAGCGAAGCAUCCACACAGGUGUGGGAUGAGGGAGCUCUUGGUGUUUUGUGCCAGGCUUGCUUCUCACCCAGGGAAAGAGAGGAGGAAAACCCAAGAUGCUCUACAGGAUGUGACUUCUUGUCAUUGUGCUUCCUGAGUUAAACAAUAAAGUCAUGUAAGGAGCUAGGAUGAAAGGCUGUUCUGUUCUUAAAACAAAUGUGACCAAUAGUAAAACACUUGUUUUAAAAUGGG